ACUUCUGAGGAAACAAAUAAUGAACAUGAAUCUACUUUUCAUGAGAACAUAAAUGCUUCUUGUUCUUCAUCUCAGAUUCAAGCUUUUGAAUCAAAUAUAAUUUUAAAUAAUACUACUUCACAUGAUGAUAAAUUAUUUAAAAAUUGGCUUCAUAGAUUUGCAUUGAAACAAGGCUUUAAUUAUAAAAUUAGGACAAGUGAGACAAUUGAAGAUGUAUUGCAAAAGGUGAUAUAUGAAUAUAUAAAAUUAGAUACAAAUAAUCUACAAGUUAUCUUAGAUCUAAUUCAACAGUGA